GUCUUGUUAGGCCGGGGGCGGGGUUGGGUGCGGCGAUCGAUUUGGAACUUGAGAGAAGAAGAACAAGAGCGAAUUAUGGGAGAAGUAGCCAAGAAGGGAUGGCAACAGUACAUGUUACAGCUUCAGCAUCACCCCUUGAGAACUAAGGCGAUUACUGCCGGUGUGUUGGCCGCAAUCAGCGAUUCAAUUUCUCAGAAACUCUCCGGUAUUCAGAAACUCCAGCUGAGACGGCUUCUUCUUAAAGUGCUGUUUGGAUUUGCUUAUGGAGGACCUUUUGGGCACUUCUUACAUUUACUGAUGGAUAAAAUUUUCAGGGGGAAGAAGGACACAAAAACAGUUGCCAAGAAGGUGUUGCUGGAACAAUUGACCUCUUCCCCUUGGAACAACAUACUUUUUAUGUUAUACUAUGGGCUGGUCGUUGAGGGAAGAACCUGGAAUCAGAUUAGGGGUAAAAUCAAGAAGGAUUAUCCUUCUGUGCAGUUGACAGCAUGGAUGUUUUGGCCAAUUGUGGGAUGGGUAAAUCACCAAUACAUGCCUCUGCAGUUUCGUGUCAUCUUUCACAGCUGUGUUGCAUGCUGCUGGGGAAUAUUUCUGAAUCUACGAGCAAGGUCUAUAAUGCAAGCUAAGGGAUAGGUAGAUUUAGAGAGGAAAUCGACCCAACACAAGAGGCUGUGGAAAGGUAAUUGUCUACAGUGACAGUAUU